CGCCGAGAAGCUCGGAAACAAGAACAGGCAAACAACCCAUUUUAUAUUAAAAGCUCUCCUUCCCCACAGAAGCGAUACCAAGACACUCCAGGUGUGGAACAUAUACCUGUGGUCCAGAUUGACCUUUCUGUCCCCUUGAAAGUUCCAGGAAUGCCUAUGCCUGACCAGAACUACGUGAAAUUGGAAGAAGAGCGAAGACAUAAACAGAAACUGGAGAAAGACAAGAAAAAGAAAAAACAGAAAAAGGAGAAGAGAGGUAAACAUCAUCGCCAUAACUCUCUGCACACGGAGAGUGAGGAGGAUAUUGCUCCAGCUCACCAUGUUGAUAUCAUAACAGAAGAGAUGCCAGAGAAUGCUUUGCCAAGCGAUGAAGAUGACAAAGAUCCAAAUGAUCCAUAUAAGGCACUUGAUAUAGAUCUGGAUAAACCCUUAGCAGACAGUGAGAAGCUGCCAGUGCAGAGACACCGAAAUGUUGAGACCUUGAAGUCACCAGAUGCAGAAGCUCCUCUAGAAGAGAAGAAAAUCAAGAAACCCAAAAAGAAGGAAAAGAAACACAAAGAAAAAGAGAGAGACAAAGGAAAGAAGAAAGAGAAAGAGAAAAAGGUAGUAGAGGAGGAAGAAGAAAAAAAGGGGGAAGACUUGGAUUUCUGGCUCUCUAGUGCUCCACCGUCUGCUUCCACUACCCAGCCACAGAGUGAGCCUGAAGUGGGUGCUGCUGUUCUGGCUGAACCUCAAGAGGUUAAAAAGGAAGAAAGGGAAGAGCAAGAUGAGGAGGAUGAUGAUGAAGGCAAGAAAUCCUCCAAGCAUAAGAAGAAAAAGCACAAGAAAGAGAAAGAAGAGAAAUCAAAGGAGAAAAAGAAAUCCAAAAAGAAGAGUCAUCACAGCGAGGAGGAGGCAACAGAGUCAGUGCAGAAUGGAACACUAGAUGAUGAACCACUACCGCCUAUGUCCAGUUACCGCCUUCUUGCUGAAAAUCCAUACAUUAAAAUGACCUACGAUAUUCAAGGAAACCUCCAGAAUGAUAGUCAAGUUACUGUCUCUGUUAUCUUUGAAAACAAAAGCACUAGCUUCCUUAAGAGCAUGGAACUAAAUGUCCUGGACUCUCUCAACACUAAAAUGCUCCGACCAGAAGGAUCAUCAGUACAUGAUGGGAUACCUGUGCCCUUCCAGCUACCCCCUGGAAUCUCUAAUGAAGCCCAGUUUGUGUUUACACUUCAGAGUAUUGUUAUGGCUCAGAAGUUAAAAGGAACACUGUCCUUUAUAGUCAAAAAUGAUGAAGGUUCAACCCAUGAAAAACUAGAUUUCAAAUUGCACUUCAGUUGCGCUUCAUACUUGAUCACGACGCCUUGCUAUAGCGAUGCUUUUGCCAAGCUCCUAGAGUCUGGAGAUCUGCACAUGAGUUCUAUUAAAGUAAAUGGAAUUAGCAUUUCUUUCCAACAUCUACUGGCAAAGAUCUGUUUUCAUCAUCAUUUUUCAGUUGUGGAACGCGUUGACUCGUGUGCAUCAAUGUACAGUCGUUCUAUCCAAGGCCAUCAUGUCUGCCUACUGGUAAAAAAGGGAGAGAGCUCUGUAUCCAUAGAUGGGAAAUGUAAUGAUUCCACCCUCCUUAGCAACUUGUUGGAUGAGAUGAAAGAGACAUUGUCCAAGUGCUGAAUAUUCCUUAUAAAAUAUUCCAACUACAAGAAACACACCUGAUGUGUAAAGACGAGCAGACCCAAGUGUUAAGUUUCUCCCUCGUACGCAUGUACUAUCCUGGGGCACGUGCUUUUCAGUUAACUCCACCGUUGUUUGCAGUUUAGACAUUUUAAGGCUGUAUGUUACCAUUUUAUUUCAAAACUUUUUACAAACCGUGGUGUUAACCCUUUCUAGCCCAAAGAGAUCCUGGUGACGUGACUGGAGGCGGGCGGGCAGGGCGCUAUUUAUUCAGCAGCUCA